AAAAAUAAAUAUUAUGAUUUUGAUUUAUCAUUCUUGCCUCCUGGCUUACUGCUCACCAUUUCUUUUAAGGUGGAUAGAGCAUUUCGAUGUAAACUUUGACAUUAUAUAUCUGUAUUCUGUAUCUGUAAGGGUUCCGGCUCGCACAUAGAAAAGAGAAUAACGUGUACAUUGUGUACUUAAUGCUUGUCGGGAUUUUCGACGAAUCCGAACAUAAACCCCGUAAUUGCUCAAGUGUGUACCCACCUUAAGAUGAAUUGAUUGUAUUUUGUGUACUGUGUAUCUAAUCUUCUUGUCUUUGAAUUGUGAUUAUUAGUGAAUACCAUAUUACAAAAUGUCUAUCCAUAAUAUAUACAUUUUUGAUCGUAUGGGUACAUUAUUGUACUAUAUGGACUGGAACCGACAAAAAAACUCGGGCAUGAGCAAAGAGGAAGAAGCUAAAUUGAUGUAUGGCAUGUUGUUUUCAAUUAAGUCAUUUGUAGCUAAAAUAUCACCUCAUGAUCCUAAACGGGGUUUUUUAUGCUACAAAACGAAUAAAUAUGCUUUGCAUUAUUAUGAGUCCUUGACUGGAAUUAAGUUUGUGUUAAACACAAAUACAUCGGUUAAAAAUGUUCGAGAUCUAUUACAACAAUUAUACAAAGAUAUAUAUGUGGAAUACGUUGUCAAAAAUACUGAGUGUGAAAUGGGACAGCCUAUAGUGAGUGAACUUUUUAAAGUCAAGCUUGAUCAGUUUAUUAAACAACAAGUCAAAACACUUCAAUAGUAGUUAAACAUUGAUAAUACUGUAUUAUUUACAAAUUACAAUGAUAAAAUUAAAAAAAAUAUAUAUAUCUAUUUUAAGGGAAUAUUACUUUUUUAAUCAAUGGUCCCACUGUUGGGAAACUUAAUCCCCUCUAUUUU